AACAGAGGAACCCACGCAGAAACACAGCAGACGGUAGAACCAAAGGCGCAGUCAUGGCGAAUGGGAGUGCAGAGCAGCUUCACCCACUCCAGAACACGUGGUGUAUUUGGGAACACAAGGUGGCAAAGUCCAGCGCGGACUGGGGAGACAGCAUGCAGAGCCUUGCGGAGUUCGCGACCGUGGAGGAUUUUUGGAAGGUGUACAACAACGUCCCCAAGCCCAGCCAGGUAAUGUUUGACGGGUCGAUGCGGAAGAAGGUCGGAGACCGAGUGAUCGACUCGUACAGCAUCUUCAAGAAGGGCAUCAAGCCGGAGUGGGAGGCUCCGGAGAACAGCCACGGGGGGGAGUGGCAGAGCCGCAGCAAGAUGACCCCCCAGGCGCUCGACCUAUUCUGGGAGAACAUGGUGUUGGGUCUGGUGGGGGAAACGGUGGACGUCGGGGACGAGAUCUGCGGGGCAAGGGUGGUGGACAAGAGCAAGAACAACCACAAUGUGUACCGUUUCGAGCUGUGGCUGAGGAGUAACGACGGCAACACCGCCGCCAGGCUAUUGGAACGCCUACGGGCAUGCCUGGCGGACAGGAACUUGCACGAGAAGUUGAUGCCUAGCUUCGACUGGAAGGCACACGGGGGGCGGUGAUAAACGCAGGCGGAAAAUCGGAGAUUUGACGGGGAUGGAAUUAGCGGGGCCGGGCAGCAAUUUUAGUAUAGGGGUCCUGAAAGUGUUGUGUGGCGUGGUG